AUGUCCGGGUGGAGCGACGGCAGCUUCAACGGGUCCUACAGCAGCUUCGUCCUGGUGGGCUUCCCGGGGCUGCAGGAGUCCCGGGGGCUGCUGGUGCUGCCCUUCCUCGGCCUCUACCUGGUGAUCCUGGGUAGCAACGGCCUGGUCAUCGGCACGGUGUGGGCGCAGAGGAGCCUGCACCAGCCCAUGCACCUGCUCAUCGCCCUGCUGCUGGCCGUCAACGUCUGCGCCGCCACCACCGUGCUGCCCGCCAUGCUCUUCAGCUUCUCGGCGCGCUUCAACCGCAUCUCGCUGCCCCGCUGCCUGCUGCAGAUGUUCUGCAUCUACUUCCUCAUCGUCUUGGACUGCAACAUCCUCCUGGUCAUGGCGCUGGAUCGCUACGUGGCCAUCUGCCACCCUCUGCGCUACCCGGAGAUCGUCACGGGCCGGCUCCUGGCCGGCCUGGUCGGGGUGGCCGCGGCCCGGAGCACGGCCGUCGUGGCCCCCGUGGUGGUGCUGGCUUCCCGGGUGCGCUUCUGCCGCUCGCACGUCAUCCAUCACUUCGCCUGCGAGCACAUGGCCCUGAUGAAGCUGUCCUGCGGGGACGUGUCCCUGAACAAGGCGGUGGGGCUGGCGAUCCGCGUCUUCAACCGGGUGCUGGACCUGCUGCUCCUGGCCGCGUCCUACUCGCGCAUCGCGCGCGCCGCCCUGCGCAUCUCCGCGGGCGCCGCGCGCGCCAAGGCGCUGCACACGUGCGGCUCGCACCUGCUGGUCGUCGUCACCGUCUACGCCUCCACCGUGUCCUCGUCCGUCGUCUACCGCGCGGCCCGCGGGGCCUCCCAAGACGUGCACAACCUGCUCAGCGCCUUCUACCUGCUGCUCCCGUGCCUGCUCAACCCCGUCAUCUACGGCGCCAGGACCAAGGAAAUCAGGCAGCACCUCCCCACGCGGCUGCUCCGCGGGGCGCCGCGCCCGGGCCCGGCCCCCAAACCCCAGGCCCCGCACCCACCCAGGGAGCUGCCUCGAUGA